AUGGCGGAGGUGGUGGCCGCCAUGGUGAUCCGGCCGCUGGUGUCCAUGCUGGUGAACAAGAUGGCCAACUCCCUCCUGGACCAGUACAAAGUGAUGGAGGGAAUGGAGGAGCAGCACAAGAUUCUCAAACGCAAGCUUCCGGCCAUCCUCGAUGUCAUGACCGAUGCCGAGAAGCAGGCGACGGAGCAUAGAGACGGGGCCAAACCCUGGCUCCAGGAGCUCGAGACGGUGGCGUAUGAGGCAAAUGAAGUGUUCAAUGAAUUCAAGUAUGAAGCACUACGUCGUGAAGCCAGGAAGAAGGGGCACUACAGAGAGCUUGGCUUCGAUGUAAUAAAACUCUUCCCUUCUCACAACCGUAUUGUGUUCCGAUACAAAAUGGGCCACAAGCUUUGCAGGAUCCUGAAGGCCAUUGAGGUCCUCAUAGCAGAGAUGCAUGCCUUUAGGUUCAAGUACAGACCACAACCGCCGGUGUCCAAGCACUGGAGGCAGACGGAUUAUGUUAUCAUCGACCCACAAGAAAUUGCAAGCAAGUCCAGGCACAAAGAGAAGAAGGAAAUUGUUAGUAUACUGCUUGGUGAAGCUAGCAAUGCAGAUCUUGCAGUAGUUCCCAUUGUCGGAAUGGGUGGCCUUGGCAAGACCACAUUAGCACAGCUCAUAUACAAUGAUCAUGAAAUUCAGAAGCAUUUCCAAUUGUUGCUUUGGGUCUGUGUCUCUGAUACCUUUGGUGUGAACUCCCUGGCCAAGAGUAUAGUUGAAGCAACUCCCAGUAAGAAUGAAGAUACAAACAAACCACCACUGGAUAGACUUCAAAAUUUGCUCAGUGGACAGAGGUACCUCCUUGUAUUGGAUGAUAUUUGGAACAGAGAGGUCCAUAAGUGGGAAAAGCUGAAGGUUUGUCUUCAGCAUGGUGGUACCUGUAGUGCAGUGUUGACAACAACUCGUGAUAAACGAGUUGCUGAAAUUAUGGGUGUAGAUAGAGCCUACCGUCUCAAUGUUUUGGACGAUAGCUUCAUAAAGAAAAUUAUUGAGGCUAGAGCAUUCAGUUCAGCGAAAGAAAAGCCAGCCGAACUACUUCAGAUGGUUGAUGAGAUUGUAAACAGAUGUUCUGGCUCUCCUUUAGCUGCAACCGCAAUGGGGUCUGUACUUCGUACCAAGACCAGUGUGGAACAAUGGAAGGCCAUAUCAUCUAGAAGCAACAUUUGCACCGAGGAAACUUGA